AUGUUUCCUAAGAAACCAACUGAUUCAUCUACCACACAGAGACAUAGUUUUGACGAGGCUCGAUGGGUCACCAACGUCAAAAAAUCUCUCGACGCAGAGCCCCAAGAACACCCUCUCGAACAAGUCACAGUCAGCAUUUUCGCUGUCCCUAAAGCAUUAAUGUGUAGCCACCGAGACUCAUACACACCUCAACGAGUCUCUAUCGGACCUUACCACUGCCUAAAACCAGAGCUCCACGAAACAGAGAGGUAUAAACUAAUGAUCGCUAGAAAAUUUCGAAACCAAUCUAAAUCUUUCAGGUUUCACGACCUUGUCGAGAAUCUUCACCCCAUGGAGGUCAAGAUCCGAGCUUGCUAUCAUAAAUACAUCACGCUUAACGACGAGACUCUGUUGUGGAUAAUGGCGAUAGACUCUUCGUUUUUGAUCGAGUUUCUUAAGAUUUACAGUUUCAGAAAGGUCGAGACUUUGAUUAACAGAGUUGGUCACAACGAGAUUCUUAGAGAUGUAAUGAUGUUAGAGAAUCAAAUCCCGUUUUUCGUUUUGAGGAAAACGUUAGAGUUUCAGCUUGAAUCGACGGAAUCAGCUGAUGAUCUUUUAGUCUCUGUUCUCACGGGAUUAUGCAGAGAUCUCUCUCCUCUCGUUAUCAAAUUCGAAGAUGGUGAGAUUCUAAAGGCUCAGUUUAAUGAGUACAAUCAUAUCUUAGACUUCUUGUAUCAAAUGACGGUUCCCAGAAUCGAAGAAGAAGAAGAGCUUGAUGAUGAAGAAGAAGAAAACAGAGGCGAAAACAGAGCAAGUAGGUUUCUGCAAGAGAUGAAGCUUCAGUUCAAAAGGGUGUUUACGUCUAGACCUGCUGAUAUAAUCUUGAGACUUCCAUGGAGAGUGAUUUCAAAUCUUCCCGGUUUCAUAGCUCUGAAUUAUCUCUUCACCAGACAAGAAAACGAAGCAACAACAACAACAAGACAAGAAACAUCAUCAUCUGUCUUAAUCCCCGACAUCGAAAAGCCUCCUCUCGUGGAAGAACUCACAAUCCCAUCAGUCACCGAACUCCACAAAGCAGGAGUCAAGUUCAAACCAACAUCAAACGGCAACGUUUCAACGGUAACAUUCGACUCAAACACAGGUCACUUUCACCUCCCUGUAAUAAACCUAGACAUCAACACAGAGACGGUUCUUCGAAACCUAGUCGCUUACGAAGCUUCAAACACUUCAGGACCAUUAGUGUUCACUCGUUACACGGAGUUGAUAAACGGAAUCAUCGAUUCGGAAGAAGACGUUAGGUUGCUUAGAGAGCAAGGCGUUCUUGUGAGCCGUCUCAAGAGUGAUGAAGAAGCUGCAGAGAUGUGGAAUGGUAUGAGCAAAUCUGUGAGGUUGACCAAAGUUGGGUUCUUGGAUAAGACUAUUGAGGAUGUUAACCGGUAUUAUACCGGACGGUGGAAGGUUAAGAUUGGGAGAUUUGUUGAGGUUUAUAUGUAUGGUUCGUGGAAGAUUUUUGCGUGUUUUGCGGCGGUUUUGUUGUUGGUGUUGGUUUCCUUGCAAGUGAUUUCGUUGGUGUUUAGCUCCUUGAGGCUGCUUGGGUUAAGAACCGGUUAG